AUGCCACCCAAGAGGCGACUUGCUCAUACGUCCACACAUGCUCGCAGCCGAGUGCCCAUCGAUUCCGGUUCUGUUCCUUCUUCCGGUCCCGUCAAGAGAUACAGAGACGGUGAGGAGCAGCCGAGUCAACAGAGACCGGUCGUGGAAAUUGUCCAGCCACUUGUCGGCCUGCAUGUCGUCCGCCAGCCAGUGGACAAACGGGCGAGGGUCGACUGUUCCAGGAGUUCUGGGAGCGAAAGAGAACCUACCAUGAACUCGCAGGCGGCAAAUUCAAGAACUAAGUACAGAUGCAGGUGUCUUAAACAUAUAAAAGACGACCAGUGUGAGGCCCAGAAGCUGGCAGAGAAGAGAGCCAGAGACGCAGCCAGUAUCAUCCUGAAAUCUCAAAGCAUGGUACUCGCCGUCGUUGACAAGGGAGAAAGAGAGCGAAUCUUCUGCCUUCACCAGGAGCUCCUCGCGAAGCAUUCUCAGUACUUCACCGCGGUCUUCUCCGCACCUCCAGUGCAAGCCAACGAUGUCAAUAUCAAGACCGAGGCUGGAGAGGCGGCUCAGACUACCGUACAUGCCUCGCCCCCCGUGUACAAAUUACCCAAUGUCUCCGCGACGCCAUUUGCGCAUUUCACGUCAUGGCUGUACACCGGACGUAUUGACACUAGCCUUUCUCAGAAUGCCGCUCGCGCAAGGAGUGAAGUAUGCUCGGACUGGACUUCGAUGUGGGCAACUGGCUCUCAACUCGAAUCCGCGGGGUUCCGGAACUAUGCUAUGGAUGGUUUGCGAAAGGAGACGGCUGUAACGACCCGUCGAUGGCCAACGGCGGCCGAAGCUCAUGAAGUCUCUGCGCAAGAUGUGGAUAUCGAGGGGGGGAAACGUGCGGCGGGGGAAGAUAGCGCGUUGGGGAGGUUCCUGGUUGCUUGCAUUGCCAGCAACCGCCCAUUCGAGAAGUCCGAGGGGAGUGAUGAGCGAAAGACGUGGGUCGAUGUCUUUGACAAAGACAAGCAGCUCGCGUUCAAUGUCCUCGUUGCAGACAAGAAGUGGGGAGUGGAAGGUCCUUGGGACAAGAAAUUCGACAGGGAGUUUGCGGUUGAGGAUGAGACACUUGCAGAUGAUGAUGAAGUUGCAGAUGAUGAAGUUGGAGAUGAUGAAGAUGUUACAGAUGAUCAUGAUCAUAUUGCAGAUGAUGAUUAUCUUUCAGCAUAG